UUAUUGUCCCCAUUAUAUAAUUUUCACCUGUAAAAUAAGAAAGGUAAUUCUAGGGUUUGAAAGAGUUGAGUAGUUUAGUGAGAAUUCGAAGCCAAAAAAACUGCAAUUUUGAAUCCAGUUCAUUUGCUAAACGAUCAUUUUCUCUUCGCCAGGAUCUUGAGUAUGGCAGGGAGAAACCGUUUACCUCGCCAGCCUGAGGGUUUCCGAGGUUUUCGUGAUGGACCCCAGCCUGUACUGCAUCGAGGACCAGGACCCCUUCCUCUUCACCCUGCUGCAAUGGAAGAGGAGCUCGAAAUCCAACAUAGAGAUAUUCAGAAGAUUCUUGCCGAGAAUAGACAUGUAGUUGAUGAAAACGUGAUGCUUCAGAGGGAAUUGGAAGCCACAAAGGACGAGAUUCGUAGAUUAGGUCAUGUCAUUCCCCAACUUCGUGCUGACAGAGAAGUACAGGCUAGGGAGUUGAUUGAGAGGGGAUUGAAGCUAGAAGCUGAGCUUCAUGCUGUUGAGCCUCUGAGGACAGAGGUUAUGCAGUUAAGGGCCGAAGCACAGAAAUUAAAUGCUUUACGGCAGGAUUUGUCAGGCCAAGUUCAAACUCUCACAAAGGACAUUUCUCGAUUGAAAACUGAGAAUCAGCAGCUAAAUGAUCUGAAAGCUGAUAUUGAUGGGCUGCACAAACAGCUAUUAGAAACCAGGAGAGCUUUUGAAUAUGAGAAGAAAGCAAAUGAGGAACAGGUGGAACAAAAGCAAGCUAUGGAGAAAAACCUUGUUUCCAUGGCUCGGGAAAUAGAAAAGCUACGAGCAGAGCAAAUGACUGUAGAGAGAGGAGCUCGUGGACUUGGUCCUGGGGGUUAUGGAAUGUUCAGUGGAAGCCCUGAAAUGAGAUAUGCAGGCAGUGCCUAUGGUGAUAUGUAUGGUGGUGGAGGUUGGGGAACGUAUGAUAAGCGUGGACCUCCCCGACGUUGAUCUGAUGUAGAGAUGCUGUGGUGGUUGGAUUUGUGUUUCUUGGCAACUGCUUUAGUAAAUUUCACCUUGGUACAGUGUUUACCGUUGUACUUUGCGACUUCAGAAUGCAUUCUUUAACCUUUCGACUAAAAUCAAUUCUGCUUUAUUAGAAUGGUAUUUCUUGGUUGUUGAAUUUGUGCAAAACUUUGGGUGGUAACUGUGGCCUUGAAAAUCGCAGGUUUUACGAAGGAAAAUUGUGGUUAACAUAUAUGCUUAUAAUGCCAUUUAUCCUCAUUGAUUGAUA